AUGCGGCUGGACUUUGGCUUGGCAAACCUGGUCAAGAAGCCGCUGGCUGGAGGAGGGACCGACGACGGUCCGCUCUCGGCUGCGGCGGCCAAGGCUAUGCUCGAUCUCCCUGCUGAUCAGUUCUAUGGAGCGUAUCUGGAGGCACGGAGCGAGCUGUUUGCUCCAGGUGGACGAGCGGUGGAUGAUCAGCGCCAACUCGAUGCUCUCAUUGGACAAGGUGGCGCGGAAUCGUUGGCAGAGUGGAUGGAGAGCGGUGCUUUCAAGGAGCCGCUGGUCAUGAGCCCGGCGUUGCGGGAGACGCUCGGCGUUGUCGCCCCGGGUUAUGGGCCAGAUGACAAGGACUGGGGCGUGGGCGAGCUCGCCGCUUGGGUAGCCGCACAGAUCGCGGCCUCCGAGCCGGACAAGCCGGUUCUUGCUGUCGACGUCGCCACGCAGGAGGAGGCCUCGCCGCGGCUCUCGCUCAACGAGUGGGCUGAGUACAUGGGCGCCAUGCCCGGAUCGGCGCUCCGCGAGGAGCGCGGCGUCCUCAAUCUCAUUUCGCUCGAGUUCUCCAAGACCCAGCUCGCUGACGCCGUCCGCUCACCGCAUGUUGUCCGCAACGUCGGCUGGGUCGAGACCCUUUGGCCGAGCGAUAUGGAGUUGACCGGUGCGCCGGCUGCAUACUACUGUCUUAUGGGCGCCAAGGGCUCGUACACCGACUUUCACGUCGACUUUGGCGGGACCUCGGUCUGGUACCACGUCGUUCGCGGUCGCAAGGUCUUCUACGUUGCUCCGCCGUCGCGGGCCAAUCUCCGCGCCUACCAAACCUGGUGCGAAUCCAAGCGCCAGUCUGAGGUCUUCUUCCCGGACCUCCUCCCGCGCGGCGAGUUUCAGACCCUGGUGGUCCCCGCCGGCCACACCCUCCUCAUCCCCUCGGGUUACAUCCACGGCGUCCAUACUCCGGAAGACUCGCUUGUCUUUGGUGGUAACUUUAUCCACACUGGGGCCGUCUCUAUGCAACUGCGGGUUUUCUUUAUGGAGGACGCGCUCGGCGUCGACGCCACCUACCGCUAUCCGCAGUUUGUCGCCGCUCACUGGCUCGCCGCUGCCCACUACGCCACCGCCCUCCCCACCGUCUCCUCGCCGUCAGACUACCUGAUCAAGGCCCUCGACGUCCUGCUUGCCGCCCUCAAGACAUGGGUCGCAGAGUCUGUCCACGAUCUCCCACCCCACCUCGACCUCGCUCGCGCCACAGAACUCAUCGACCGCCUUGACACUGUCCUUGCCGAACAUCGUACCCCGGCAAAGCCGCAACUUGCGGCUCCGCCAAAGCCCAAGCGCCCGCCGCUCUCGUCGCGUAAGCUGCCGAGCACCAAGCCGGUCCUUGUCUCUGCCAAGAACAAAAAGGCAUCCGCCGCAAAGUCGGGGAGCUUUUCGUCAGUGCCGUCGGCGGCCACUGCCGCUGCAGGUGGUAUCUCGUUCGGCCUCUCUCCUGUGUUCCCUCAAAGUGCCAAGCCACACCCGCCUGCGUCCACGCCUCCGGUGCCGUCUGAGCCUGCACCUGCUGCUCUUUCCGUCUCUGCGCCUCCUCCUACCGCGUCUGCACCCGAGCAGGGUAAGGCCGACUCGGAUACCGCCAAGGGCACGGAUGCCGCUGCCGCUGCCGCCUUGGCCGCCUUUGCCUCGGCCGCUACUACUACGCCCAGAAUCAAGCUCAAGGCCCCUGCGGCUGUGCCCGAGACCAAGCCCAAACUCAAGAUCAAUCUUGGAUCACGGCCGAACGAUUCCGAGUCGGACGACGAUGACGAUGAAGACGACGACGACGACGACGACGACGACAGGGCGCCCGCUGCCGGUGGAACAACCAUCAAGAUCCGGACCAGCGUCCAGCCGGCCAAGAUGAACCUCAAGCCGCAACCGUCAACCAAAAUCUCGCUCACGGUCCCGCCACCACGGGCAGCCAAGGUGGUGGCCAAGGCCAAGUCACGGUCGGCAGCCCGCGGCCACGACUCGGACGAAUCCUACGAGUACUCGUACGAGUACUCAAACGACUCGGCUGACAACGAUUUUUCCGGCUCCUCCGACGACGCCUUUAUGCAAAAGCUACAGAAGCGCGCCGCCGCGCGCUCGCGAACCACGACGCUCUCCAAGUACGGCCGCCGCCGCAAGAACCGCGUCCCCAAGGACUUUAUCGCCAUCGCCGACAACGACGACGAGGUUGACGCUCACCUGGAGGCUCUUCAGGCGCAAGCCAAGCGCGGGUCCAAAGCCAAGGCUAAGCCCGCGCCUGCAAAGUCGGUCAAGCGCAAACGCCGCAACGACGAUGACGACGACUACGUGCCGACUGGCCUAGACGAGGCGGACGACGACGACUUUAUUGACGAUGAUGAUGACGACGACGACUACGAGCCGGCGACCGUCCGCGCCAAGGUCGUCCAGCCAGCCAAACGGACCAAGGGGCUGGAUGGCUCGGCCAAGGGCAAAGCUGGCGCCAAGAAGAAGCCCGCCAAGCCGUUCAAGGCCAAGAAGCCGUCGGCACGAAAGUUCUUUACCAACAUGCUCAAGCGCAGACGGUGA